AGAAAUUAACUACAUUGCAUUCUUUUUUUUUUUUGGUUUUUCCUAGAGCAAUAUGUAUUUAGAGAAGAGAUGGAAGAACAUAGCGAAUAUGAGGAAACCUCAUUCACUGGUAGACUUUUAUGUUAGGACGGUGAUAGAUAACGUAAGAUACCUUGGGGAUGUCGGUGAGACAGAUUCACAUCUUCUUGAGCGUAUUCUACCCCAUUGUACAAUGGAUCAAUUAUUGCACGUGGAAAAGAGUACAAAAGGAAGGGAUCGUACUCCAGUAACUGAUAAACUUUGGAAGAAUUUCUAUGAGCUACAGUUUGGUCAUCAGAAUAUGACUCUUGUAAUUGAGAGGAUGAAGCUCAAGAAAGUUUCAUUUAGAAAGAGACAGUUGUAUGAGGCAAAAUUGAAGGAUUUUCAAGAGGCUGAGAACAAAGCAAGUGAUCGGCUUAAGCAGCUAUACAAGAAAGAAGAUGCUCGAAAACAAAGUCGGCAGGUUCAGCUUUGCACUAAGGUUCCACCUUCAACCAAAAGAAGCUUUUAUGCUUAACCUGUACC